CUUAAAUGCGGCUUUUUCAUUAUGUAGGUGAUGAUUUGUGCAAGUAUAUGAAUACCUCUAGUUUUUUAUGUGCUGAUUUUUAUCCUACAACACGUGGCUUCAAUACUGUAAUAUUCCAUCGUAUUGUCUUACUGUUGAUUUGUGCUGAUGUCAUUUUAUUUCAUACAGCUCUAGACUAUUAUAUUAACCAAAUAAUCCUUUGGGACUUGUGUUUUCCUUUUUUAGCAUUUAAUUCAUGGCUCAAGAGACUCAACAGAAUGAACCUCGUGGAUCCAUUAGCUUGCGAAAUUCCCAAUUGCAAUAUCCUAACUCACUAGCAAUCGCUAACAAUUGUUCAUCUUCUAGUGAAAUUCAUACCGCACACCAGAUAUCCAGUUCCUCUGUUAAAUUGCAUACAGUGACACCCGUUUGUACACUGACUAACAAUAACCAACCAAUUCAGUAUAUUGGGUCGGAGGCCAGGACUGUAUGCGUCCCUGUUUGUAGUUCUCAUUCAUUAUAUCCCCACUCGGUUGUACAUCGUGCAUCUCCAAAUUCAAAUGUUGGAUAUAACUCUGGAUCUAUGACUCAUGCUCAUUGCAGCACUUCAAGUAGUCAGCCGGAUAUGCUUGAGACAUUGCUGUCCAGGAAUGUAUAUAAUGCACAAGUACACCCUCCAAAUCACUCUCCACGUCUCCUCGGUUCGUCGAUAGUUGUAACUAACGUACCAAACCAAAAUCCUUCCGUCAUGAGUGGACCAGCAAACAUUCGUAAUACUGCUCCUGCCUCGAGUAGUCACCAAGUUGGUCAGACCUAUACGGCUACAACAAGUGCCCCGUCCGUCGUAGCAACAGACCCAGAAAAACGUCAGCUUAUUCAACAGCAGCUGAUUCUCUUGCUGCAUGCUCGACGCUGCCAACGCCAAGAAGACGAAAGCAAUGGAAGGAUAGUACAGUGUAAUACACCACACUGUAACACGAUGCGUGGAGUUUUGCAACAUAUGACAUCCUGUACACAAGGCAAGAACUGCCAGACCCCGCACUGUGCUUCCUCUCGUCAAAUAAUUUCACACUGGAAGAACUGCAAUAACCGAGAAUGUCCAGUGUGUGAACCUCUAAAGCAAAACCAGCAUUACCAACGCAAUCAAAUGGUACGCCCUCAAAAUGCAGUUCAAGUGCACACGGCUCCUAACCGAGUUCCUGAAGUGAAUGGUGUAGACUCCAGUCCUCACUCGUGUGCUUCACUUCAACCACCUAGUCAGAAUUUUCGUGUUACAUCCAUUGGAAGUGUUCCUAACAAUCCAAGUGUUGUUCGAGCACCAGCUGCAGUCGUCCCUAGUACUCAAAUUUCAGACACAUCAGGCUUAAAUGGGGUCAGUAGUCAUACUACUUCAAACUGUACACCUAUGGAGCAGAAUGAUUGGCGAAAAGGUGUAGAUAUAUCCCAACGGAAUCAUGUCGUGCGAAGGAUUGUGCGGUUCAUUUUCCCAUUUCCGGAUCCUGCUGCUUACUCAGACCCAAGAAUGCGAAAUUUGAUUGAAUAUGCGCGUAAGGUUGAACGCGAAAUGUAUGUAACUGCAACGGAUAUCGAUCAUUAUUUUCAUUUGCUUGCUCAGAAAUGUUACAAAAUACACCGUGAAUUGGAAGAAAAGCGGAAAAGUCGCCAACUUGUAAUGGAUAAUUCAGCUGGAGGUUCUCAGUCUGCAGUAACCUCUUCAUCUGCUGUCAACUCUUCCCCACAACUUAACCAAAGUUUAUCCACAUUAUCUAGUCAGUUAGCUUCACCUUCCAGUUUUGUUUCAUCAACACCGUGUUCGACCAGCAGGUUUCCAAACCCAAGUAUUGCGAACGGUAAUUACAAUUCUUCAUCAACUGAGAGCUACGAAAUAAAUUCCUUUGCUACUCAAGAUUCGGGUAGUUCAGAAACUGAUAUGUCGAGGUUUGAACAUUAUCUGCAAAAUGCGUGCAAUCGUCAUCGCUUUAAAUCAGACUCAAACACUGUGGGGUCUUCUGAGUCUCCUGCUGUGUCUUCAUCAGUGACUAACAUAAAGACUACUCCGCAACCUGUGAAGCCAACAGAAGAUGUUAAAGCUUCCAGCACUCCAGUGGUAUCUGCGUCGGGGGACUGCAAACCUGAUAAGAGCAAAAUAAUUAAGACUGAAGCUAAAUCAGAAGAUGCACCCUCUAAUGAACCCUCGAUUAAUAAUGAUUCGUUCUCUGUUGACUCAACUUCAACACUUAAUUCAAGCAGUGUUCCGAUCAGUUCAAGCAUGUUAUCCGUCAAACCAGACGAAAGCAAGUGGAAGAAGUGGUCUAGGGAGGAGUUGUUACGUCACUUUUUACAAUUGCAUGAGGAAGUUUACAACGAUAAGUAUGCGGAACCAUUCCGUGCUCCAGUCGAUCCAGUGAUGCUCCACAUACCAGAUUAUUUUCAGGUUAUUAAGGAGCCCAUGGAUUUAACUACCAUCCGAAAUAACUUGGAGGAUGGUAAAUAUACAGAUCCUUGGCAAGUUGUAGAUCACUUUCGAUUGAUGUUUAACAAUGCGUGGUUAUAUAACAAGAAGACCUCUAAAGUCUACAAGAUGUGUACUAAGCUAGCAGAACUUUUUCAAAGUCGGAUAGACCAAGUGAUGCAGGCUAUGGGGUUUUGUUGCGGUCAGGAUUACGAAUAUCAACCCCAAGGUUUAUACUGCUCUUCUCCAAACCUGUGUACAAUAAAUCGAGAUGCAACUUAUUUUGUUUAUCUUAACAAUGACAAACAAAUUGGUCUUGUUUGCGAUAAGUACUACCAAUGUGAAAAGUGCUUCAGUGAGGCUGGAGAUGUAAUUAUUUUGGCAGAUGAACCGAAUCAGUCUAUUCCAAUCAAAAGGGAACUGUUUGAAAAGCGCAAAAAUAAUGUGAAGGAGAAGGAGGAGUUUGUCAUCUGUGUGGAGUGUGGUAGGAAGUGGCACAAGGUUUGCGCCUUACACAUGAAUGAAAUAUGGCCAAGCGGCUUCGUUUGUCCUGGUUGUUUGCGGGAGCGUGGUAUGAAGAGAAAAGAAAACCGGUUUACUGCCAAAAAGCUACCUGUUACACGCUUAAGCAAUUUUCUAGAGAAACGUGUUAAUGACUUCCUGAAAAAGAAAGAAGUUGGCACAGGCGAGGUCACCAUCCGUGUGUUGGCAAGUUCUGACAAAGUUGUAGAAGUUAAGCCAUUAAUGCGUGCACGAUUCACAGAAAGUGGAGAACUUUCUGAGUCAUUCCCUUAUCGUCUAAAGGCUGUUUUCGCUUUUCAGGAAAUUGAUGGGCAAGAUGUUUGUUUCUUCGGCUUGUACGUGCAAGAGUAUGGAUCAGAAAGUCCACAGCCUAAUCGCAGAAGAGUUUAUGUUGCAUACCUCGAUUCAGUUUUCUUUUUUCGACCAAAACAGUAUAGAACAGAUGUGUAUCACGAAAUUCUUGUCGGUUAUCUCUUGUACGCUAAGAGAUGUGGAUAUGCUAUGGCACACAUAUGGGCCUGUCCACCUGGCGAAGGAGAUGAUUACAUAUUUCACAUGCAUCCUGCUGAACAGAAAAUUCCCAAAGCCAAACGUCUUCAGGAAUGGUAUCGUCGAAUGCUUCAAAAAGCUAUCAUAGAAGGAAUUGUAGUGGACUAUAAAAAUAUCCUCAAGGAUGCCCUAGAUCAUCAGCUUGUUUCGCCUACAGAAAUCCCUUAUUUUGAAGGUGAUUUCUGGCCGAACACACUUGAAGACAUUUUAAAGGAGCUUGAGGAAGAGGAGGCUCGUCGACGCCGUGAAGAAGCCAUGGCUCAAGUGGAGGCUGAAGAUGAUGAGGCGGAUUGUUCCAGUUCUACCAACGAGGGGCUGUCUGGGGACCCAGAUAAGCGUAGUGGUAAGAAAAAGGCGAAGAAACGUAAAGGUAAUAAAAAAGGCAAUACAUCCACUGCAAGUAAGCGAAAACGUUUGGAUGGACCUAUUGAUGGCGCUGAAGAGCUUUCACGCAAGGUUUACGAUACUAUGGAGAAGUUAAAGGAAAUAUUUUUUGUCAUCCGUCUUCAUCGACACAAUUCAGCUGCUUCGCUUCCACCCACUACUGAUCCAGACCAACCUGUACAUAGUGAAUUAAUGGACAGUCGGGAUGCGUUUCUACAGAUGGCCCGCGAAAGACAUUUGGAAUUUUCAUCCUUGCGUCGUGCUAAGUACUCUUCAAUGGUUCUCCUUUAUGAAUUGCAUAUGGAAUUGCGACAGAGCUUUAUGUAUAACUGUAACGUUUGUGGUGCCCAAAUCGAAACCCGAUGGCAUUGUAACGAUUGUGAGGAAUAUGAUUUAUGUUCCCGUUGUUAUAAGACAGAAAACCAUCCUCACCCAAUGGUUCAGUAUGGUCUUGGUAUCGACGAAGAUUCGAGUACAAAUGAAGAAUCAGGUGACAGGCCUAGUGGUGCUGGUACAAUUCCUGAUCGUCGAAGCAGUGUCGAAGGAUGUAUCAGGUCAUUGCUGCAUGCCUGUCAAUGUAGAGAUGCGAAUUGUCGUAUGCAAACAUGUGCUCAGAUGAAACGGGUUUUAUGUCACACUCGAAACUGCACGAAGAAAGCAACAAACAGUUGUUUGCUUUGUCGCCAGUUAUUGUCCUUGCUAUGGCAUCAUGCCCGGUGUUGUGAAGAGUCUAAAUGCCCAGUUCCUUUCUGUUCCAACAUAAAGUACAGGGUGAAACAGAAACAAUUACAACAGCGGUUGCAGCAAAAUAAGCUGCUCAGACGUCGUAUUUCCACCAUGCAUCGAGGAGCAUUACCGGCCAGCGAGGCACAACCUUUAACUCAAAGUUGCCCUACCUCCACAGUAGCAUCCACUGCUUCUGGUUCUUUGAAUCCAGGUAUUGUUAGCUCAGUGCAUCAAACUCAAUCUCCCAACCAACCAUCACUAACGCCCAAUUCACUAAGGAAUGCACAGUUACCCAAUCCUACCACAAAUUCAGCGGAAAAAGGCGGUAACGCCACUUCAAUAGGUUUCCAAUCUCAAAAUUCUCAGGUACAACAGGGUUCUGUGUUGCUUUCUGUUGGAAAUUCCCAGUAUUCAAAUCCACCUAGGACUGCGGUUCCAACUGUCGUUUCUCAGGCCAGUCAGGGUUCAACCCAACGACCACCUACCGUUUGUUCCUCUGUGAUGCCUUCCGGAGGUCGUGUCAUUAUGCAACCACCAAUAAUUACAGGUCCGGCUCAACGUACGAAUCCUCCUGUCACUGCAUCUGUCACCUCAGGUUGGCGAGUUCGCCCAGUUAUAACUGCAACUGCGUCCCAAAGUACUAUGCUUUCAUCACCUAAUCAGCAAGUUCACUCGCAGAUACAGUCGCCUUCAGCAGUGUCAGUUCAUUCAACCGUUUCAAUCCCCAAUCCUGUAAACAGUCAGAAACCAUCAAUAACCAAUAAACCGACACAAAAUGAAAUUGACCAUGUUAGUCAAGUAAUCAGCUUAAUAAAGGCUACUGGGACUUCAAGCGACGAACAAAAUCGUCGGUUUAUUGCUUGGAUCAAACGUCAUCCCGAGUUUCAUGCCGCCUUUUUUGCCUUACACUCUCAACAUAAGCAGCAGGCUGAGUUACGUGCCCAAACAAGUCAAAGGCGUAUGACCACUUCUAGUACGAUGCCUGGCAGUUCAUCACUAUCUACAAGUUUCCCAACUUCGGUUUCAGCUGUAGUAACCUCCUCAAUAUCUGAUGCUUCCCAGUCUCUCUUGGGUUCUAGUAGUAUUACAGGCAACGUUGUUAUAGUCCCAUCUUCAGUUUCUGCGAGUUCAAAUUUGCAAAGUCCAGGAUUGAGUAGGACACAAACUCAAAAUAUGAACAGUCUUCCUAUGUCAUCUAUGCCUGUUGUAUCUGCUUCAGCAUCAUUGGGUUCAACACCUACUGUUGUGCACCAACCAGUUCAGUGGAUUUCUAUCCAGUCACCGAUCACUACAAAUCAUCAUCAACCUUUGAUUACAGGAUGUACAGCGCAGCCUAUUCAGGCCGUACCCAAUAGCACAACUCUUCGUUUUCGAGCGGUUCCUGGUACUGCGACGUUAGUUCAAUCACAACCACAGCAAGUACAACAUUUUUACAACACAUCGCAGCUUGGCCCAGACCCUACUUUUAGCAGUAAUGAAUCUGGGUCUAGUAUGUUUGUUUCAGCCACUGGUUCUAAUAUAUUGUCUGUGGGUAAUCAGCAAUCCCAAGUGCUUAGUGCGGUUCCUCAACGCAUAACUCCAGCUUCAGUUUCCAAUAUGACUACUAUGGGUCGUCAGGCGUCUACGCCACAGGCAGCUAUUGUACACUUUAGAUCACAACAACAUCAGUCACUUAGUGGAACUGUAAAUCCUAUGCAACCUCAUAUAAUACUUACGAAUACUACGGCCCCUGCAACGGGUCCUGCUCAUCUCUCCCAUCAGUCACAACCACAGUUGGUUUCUGCUGCCUCAAAUGGUCGUCAGGUUGUCGCAUUGAUGACUCAUCAGAAUAUUCCCCACACAAAUGUUUCUGAUCCAGGAGUGUCUUUGCGUGACUCUGGUUCUAAUAAUUCUAAUAACAAUCUUGGAAAUGGC